AUGAAGGUUGUUGGUGCAUUACUUGGGUUCAGAGGCUCCAGUUCACCAUGGAGCAAUGGAGAGGAGGUUCAGGCUGAACAGGAUGAAAAGAGGAGCCCAUGGCUAGUGGCCCUAUCACGAUAGCAGACCAGCUUAAGGUGCACAAGGGAUUGCUCCAGUGCAAGUAAUUAAAGCUCCAGGCUGGAAAUUACGCAUUCCCUGGGUCAAGGGCUGGCAAUGAGCACUGCUGCAGGUAGUGUAAUGCCACAGAGCCAGCUCAGGCUGUUGUGCCUGUUUUUAGAAAGACAUGUGCAUGAGCUGGAAGAGCAGGUGAGCAAAACUGUCCUCAGGCAGAGCCCUCUGCCCCUUCUCCACUGCCUUCUCUGGCUUGCAGGAAUCAGUCCUGGCCUCCCUUGUGCUGCUGGAGCUGUUUAUACAGGAGAUCAGGAGGGGUGCUUACAGGUCAGGGCAAAACAGCAAGCAUGUCCAUGCAGCAUCUCUUCUUCAUGCCUGAGCUACAGAUGUCAAAAAAUGUUGAGACCUUAAACUUGUUGAGAUCUAGUUGAGAUCUGAACUUAUUUUGUAAGCUGCUUCAUGGUAAGGAUGACUGCCUCUGCAGCCUUCAGUGACUGCUGUACUUAAUUCCAGGCUUGAGAUUUUCCCAUCUUCAACUUCUCACCUUUGGCUUCUGCAUUUCCUUCCGCCUAUAGCAGUACUCUGUAUCCUCUGGCUGUGAGGAGACUCUCUCCUGGAGCAGUGAAGUAGCUUGUACUCUUCAUAUCCUGUGCAGCCUUGUUUGUCGCAUUUCCAACCCUUAGCUUCUUUUUUGUGGUGGUGUUGCUGCUCCUUGGGAUUUCUGUGCCUGAAGUUUGGAUAGCUGGAUUGGACAUCAAGUUGGCUUUGCCAGACCUGUAGCUCUGCUUGGAAGUCCCCUCCAUGCCCCUCUGACUCACGGCUCUCAGAGCCAGGGUACUGUGUUGCAGGUUUAUGGUAACAGUCAUGUGUAGGGACAGCUCUUUGGCAGCUUUUUUCCUUAAUUUCACUUUCCACCCCCACUUUCAGGGGGAUUCUCCACCCUGCAGUACAGCCUGUCUUCUCCGUUCCCAAGAACCUUCCUUUGCAGCCCAUCAUUGUGCUGGGGGCUGUUAUAAUUUACCCAGGCCAUUCAGCUCAUGUUGUAGCAGCAAGCAGCAUUCAGUGUUUAAUCAGCCCCAAAUGUAAGCCUUCAUCUUGUCAUCCAGACUGUUGAUAUUAAGACCUAUUAAAUGGCACUGGACCAGGGUCACUGGGGGUCUAGGUAGGCUUCCUGUUGUUAAAUCUCCCCAUUAAGCCUUGGCUCACUGACAGAUAUCAGAAUGUAGCUGUAAAUAUGUGUAGUUGUUAAUCUACUUGAGUCUUAUUAAUUCUUUAUAAUACAUACUUUUAAUUAACAUCCUGCAGCAUUACUGAAAGCAGUGGAGAAGGCAAAGUGUUCUCUAUAAAUGCUCCUACUCUCAGCACCAAGAACUUUCUUUUGCCUAGGAAGGAGUUUCCCUGUAUAACAGCCUUGGGAUGCCCUUAGCUGUGCUUUCACCUACCCAGUGGUAGACUGGGGCUCUCUGCCAGUUUUCUGCCCAUUGCUUUGGCCUUUUAGUUUAUGCUGGCCUCCUACCAGGAUUAAAAAUUAACACAUGUAUUUGGGAGAGUCUGUGGUUAAAUCAUCAAAUUGUUUGCAAAUUACUUGGGCCUGUAGCAUGAGUGUGCCUGGUUUGGGGAGCUGCAGCCUCUUCUUGUGCCACUGCUUUGCCAAAUUCCCUCCUCUCUGUGACAGCAUGUGAGAUGGAGUCACUCCUCCCAUUCCCAUUUGAGAGGUGGCAGUGGCUGGAUGGUGCCUGCCUGCUUCACCUGACUCUUCCAGGUAUUUUUAUGGUAUGAAUGGGAAUUGGGUAAUGCCUGUCUGGAGAGCUCAAGAUGAACCCAUUAAGGUUCGUGGCCAUCACAGUUCCAAGCGUCCCUGAAAUUCACAUUUAUUCAGCAAUCAUCUCAGAAACUCAAGGACAGCACUCCUGGCUUCAGAGAGGCAGCAUGGCCACAGCUGGAGCUGGACUCAUUUAAGGUUCCUGCAGCACUGGCAUGAAGAAAUGCACUGUGAUGUCCAGUGAUGACACCUGGGCUGAGCAAGACUCCCUAUUUCACUCCCAGAUCUCAGGUCAUGUAGAAGAGCAGAUUUAAUGUGAAGAUGGGACUCUUGGUGUUUAUGCGUAACCUGCUGCUAGCCCUCUGCCUUUUUCUGGUACUGGGAUUUCUGUACUAUUCUGCUUGGAAGUUGCACCUUCUCAGAUGGGAGGAUUCAAAUUCAGUGGUUCUUUCCUUUGACUCCGUUGGACAUACAAUAGGCUCAGGAAGGAGAGAAAGAAAAACUGUGGCUAUUGUGCUUCCGCUGUCCAUCCCAUCUCACCUUGCUGCAGACCCAGGAAAAGACAGAGCCCAGAAAGAACCCACAGAAACCAUGGCAGCUCCAGGCCCAGCCAUUCCCAAAUAUGACAAACUGGGCUUUCUCCUGAACCUGGACUCAAAAUUGCCUCCAGAACUGGCAUCAAAGUAUGCCAAUUUCUCUGAGGGAAUGUGCAAGCCAGGCUAUGCAUCAGCGCUCAUGACUGUCAUCUUCCCAAAGUUCUCGAAGCCGGCACCAAUGUUCUUGGAUGAUUCCUUCAGGAAAUGGGCACGUAUCAGGGACUUUGUACCCCCCUUUGGAAUUAAAGGACAAGAUAAUCUGAUCAAAGCCAUCCUGUCAGCAACCAAAGAUUAUCGUCUAACUCCAGCUCUUGACAGUCUCAGCUGCCGGCGAUGUAUUAUUGUGGGAAAUGGUGGAGUACUUGCAAAUAAGUCAUUGGGGUUAAAAAUUGAUGACUAUGAUGUUGUUGUCAGGCUGAACUCGGCUCCGGUGAAGGGCUUUGAAAAAGAUGUGGGUGGCAAGACAACACUCCGGAUCACAUAUCCUGAAGGUGCAAUCCAGAAAAUGGAGCAGUAUGAGAAGGAUUCCCUGUUUGUUCUGGCAGGAUUCAAAUGGCAGGAUUUCAAGUGGCUGAAAUACAUUGUUUACAAGGAGAAAGUGAGUGCGUCUGAUGGCUUUUGGAAGUCAGUGGCAACCCGUGUCCCAAGGGAACCUCAUGAGAUACGUAUCCUGAAUCCCUACUUCAUCCAGGAGGCAGCUUUCAGCUUCAUUGGACUGCCUUUCAACAACGGCCUGAUGGGCAGAGGGAACAUCCCCACCUUGGGAAGCGUAGCAAUAACCAUGGCGCUGCACAACUGUGAUGAGGUGGCGGUAGCUGGCUUUGGCUACGACAUGAGUUCACCCAAUGCACCCCUGCACUACUAUGAGAACAUCAAGAUGUCUGCCAUCAAAGAGUCCUGGACGCACAACAUCCAGCGAGAGAAGGAAUUUCUGAGAAAGCUGGUGAAAGCCCGAGUCAUCACUGACCUAACCAGUGGGAUUUGAGUGGCUGCAGCCACUACGUCCAAGGGAGGAGACGAAGACACACUACAGCUCUGGGAGCAGGCACUGGCAGCCCCCUGCAAGAAUCCCACCUCACUGAAGACACCCAGAGAUGCCCAGGUGCUCUGGGAAGACCCUCUUGCAUUGCCAGUCUGCACGAGGGUUACAUCUCCCACCUCCAGGCCUAGAGCUGGCAGGAGGUGGGCAAGGGGCUGAGUGGACAGUUCUUGAACUCUGCAUUGCAGACAGAUCUUCUGUAUCCUGAAUUAGACAGGAAAGACUCAGGAGAGAGAAGAAAGGUUUGUGAAUAAAAUGAUUAGUGCCAAAUGGGAGGUGAUGCUGCCCCAAGGCAGCAAAGCCUGAAUGUACAAAGUAUUAUUUUUUAAAAGACUGCUGGAACCAUACUAGAAAUACCAAGGUACAAGGCAAAGCCUGCUUGCGCACAGCCCUGCGAAAAACCUGGCCUCUUCAUGCUCCAUCUGCAUUGUCACCAGCCUCUGACCUUUCCCCAGGAAAACAAAUCCAUCCAAAACUUCAAUGUCAUUGGUGCUGCUACGAUUUGAAGGGAGAAUAAUGGCUUCCUCUCAUUCUCCACUUGGAGCUUCUGGAUGGAGAUGAACAUGGGUUUGUUUUUCUGCAUUUUUCCUCACAUCCUCCACAGAGGCAGCAACAGCAGCCACUGACUUGGCUGUGUUUUCCAUAGCCAUUUGCUCUGCCUCUGCCCUGACCCCGAGGUGGGAGCCGGUGGCUUUCUCCACCUACAGCAGACCCUCCCCACCUUCCUGCCUGUCACGAUGCAGAGGGGCUUGCCCCAUUGUGCUCAAGGCUUUCAGGCCUCUUGGUUUGUGCCUGCUGUGCAGGGCCCCUGAAGAGUCCGUGCAGACUUGUGUCACUGUUUCUGGACAGCAUCUCGCUUUGGUUUUGUGUGGGAGGGGAGUAAUUUAUUCUUUGCAAGGAGGUCAGAUCUUGAGCAGAGAUCUCAAGCUUUACAGUUUGAGAGCAGACUGCUGAAGAUGUUUUACGUUCCAGACUCAAUCAUGUUCCCUAUUUAAGCGACGUGUGACCUCAAUGAUGAUGGAACCUGAUGGGAACUCUCACCCUCUGCUUGGCCCCUGCUCACUCCAUUUCCAAGCUCCUCCCAUGCUGCUCUAGCACUGCUGCUCCUCCUGCUCUCAGGAGCACGUCCUUCCUUUGCCCACUUGGUCCCAAGAUGCACUAUUUGCACAUUUGAUUUGUACACGUAUUUCAGAGGAGCUGGAAUAAACUGAUCAAUGUGGCCAAGUGCAAGGGCAGCAGGGUGGUCUCAUCCACCUGAAGAGCAUGGGCAGGAGGGAGGUUGCCAAGGGAAUGAGCAGCUACAUGUGGAAAGUGGCUCCUGUGCUCUCCUAGCCUGGAGCAGGCUGGAGUGCACCCACAGGCACUGGUGUCAAGGCACUGGUACACAGCCAGCCGGUGCUGGGGUCAGUGGAGGGGGACCCCAGAGGGGUGUGGGCUGGGCUCAGGGUCCUGGCACUGUGUCUGACACAGCCCAGGGAUUGCUCUGGACUGAAGGGAGCAUGACCUGGCAUGGGCAAGGAAUGCUCAGAACAAGGCUCACAUGUCCCCCUAGAGCAGCUCUGCAGCUGCUGACUUGCAGGGACUGUGGCUUUGGACCUGAGACCUUCAAGGGGGUGUGCAGGAGGGGCAGGCAGUGACCCAGGCGUGGGGCAGACCAGCAAAUUGUACAGAAUGGUUUGAGACCAGGCUGCAGGCAGAGGCAGCUCCCAGGACAUGGCACUGUCUGCUGCUUACAGACUGGUGUGGGAUGCCUCCCUCAGGAGCAGGCAGGGUAGCCAAGGAGCUUGCUCAGGGGCAAGUCCUGCCCAGCUUCUUGUAGUGGCUGCUGUUUCCCUUGUCAUCUAGCAGCUCAGAGAUCCUGCUGCUUUUGGGCUGCAGAAGGCAUGCUGGGAGGCUCUCCUUCCCUUUACCCUUCCCAUAUCCCAUCCCCACUGCUCUGGCCUUCCAGCCAGGCAGUCCCUGUUCCCCCAGGGACAUGCCUCCUUUCAGAGUGCUCUGAGGUUUGCAGCCUGUUUUUGAGCAUAUGCUGUGGCAGAUACUCCUUUUAAGUAUCUCCUAUUUUGGUUUUCCUUCUUGAGGACUCCAUGGGACUGAAUUUCCAUGGCUCUCACCAGCUAACUCUCCCUUUGCAGUUCCUGGGUGUCAGCCUGGAACCGGGACCAUCUUCUGUUGAGUCCCAGCCGUGCUGGCAGUGGGAAUGCUUGGUCUGGUCUGGCUGAGGUUGUGGCUGGGAAGGGUUGACAUCCACUCUCUCUCUUGCUGCUUUAACCAGCUGCCAUGAGAGCCCUAGGGCUGUAUCCAUGGGCUGCAGUGAGCUGAGAUGGCAGAGUGGGCAGCUGCAUCCCGAGGGAGGAGGGAAGAGCCUUUGGUGUCUCUGCUGGGACUCCCACAGAGGAUUGUUUAAUUGAUUUAUUGAACACUACAAAGCUCCAGGACACUUUUAUCUUCCAACUCAUUGGUCCAGGUCCAAGGACACAGCAUGGCCACUGCUCAGCCUUCCCUGUCAUCCCAGCUCUCUACCACAGCCAUGAACAGGUCCUGAUGGGAAGUUUCCCCUACAGACCGGAGAGGUGUCUCCAAGCCCUUCCUUCCACCUUGACAGAGGUCUCCAGGCAGAAGAGUCCAAGUUGAAGAGAUGAGUGCAUGGCCCAGAGUGACUGCAGUGGGUCAGGACCACCUGCAUGUAGAAGGAAAAAGCAUUUGGGGACCAAGACUCUCCUCUAGCUCACUGGCACCACAGAGCAGCCCAUGACAAGGUGACAGGACUCCAGCUCCAGGAGCAGUGCACAGCACUGGGUUUUGCUCCUGGGUGUCGUUCUUUUGGCUGCCUCCCCCCGUGCACCUGCAGCCACCUCCCGCCGUGAAACGACUGCAGCUCGGAGCAGUGCACGCGGGUCAGAGCAGGGUCAGUGGGACGGAUGUGAGUCUUGGCCUCUCCCUCGCAGUGACUCACCUUGUCAGAUCGGAAGGGAGAGCCCAGGGGAAUUCUCCACAGCCUAAAUAUAGAGCGGGGUUGCCUGGUGCCUCUGAUGCGCUUUGGUGCAGAAAGGCCACUCGGGUGGCAGGGAACCUGCCUGGAGACAGCCCAGGGAAACACAGGGAGAUCAGGGGCCAGUGACCACAGUGGGUUUUGCUCCAGCUAGUGCAGAGAGCAGGUCUGGGGAGCUGCAGGGCAGCCUGCAUGUGCUGCUCUGGAGGACAGGAGGUGCCGGAGAGCUGUUGCUGCUGUGCUGACCACGCCAUGAGCUGCUUAUGCAUUUGUGUCAGUGCCCACCACGCUGGCAUUGGGCUCCCACCACCAGCUCACCCUGUUAGGCCUGGUUGUGCUGUGGCCUCGAGCUCACACGUGCCAAAGGUAAGCACCAUGGCCAGGUACAUGAGGCAGCAGUGGGAUCCAGCCCAGCAUUCCUCAUCCCAGCAGCUCUGGGCUUCCAGUGUCUCCUUGCUUGGAGGGAGAAGUGGAGAGGCCCUGCCUGGCCAUGCUGUGCUACCCCUCAGUGUGAGCACUGCUGGGAGCAGGGGAAGGUGUCAGGACAGGGCUGUCUGUGUCAAAUGGAUGCAGUUGGGCUGGGCGUGGGCAGAACUGGACAUGGGCAAGAGCUUCCAGAGUGUUUGGCAGGGAGGCAGCCACCACGCCGAGCUCCGUGGGCACCAGUGUGGCGUGUGCUCUCGGUCUGAGCGUGUGUCACUCGCAGUAUUAGAGACGUGUCCUUCAGUGCAGGAGCCCCUCUGGGGCCACAGCCCAGCCCCUCUGGGCUCUGGCUCCUUGCACAGCCUGCACAGGAUCUUGAAAAGGCCAGUGCAUUCGCCGGUACUGUACCAAGCCAAGAUGCAAGAACUCAAUGAGUUUUUAAAAUUAGUUUUAGUUUCUGCAUUUUUUUUUAAUUUUCCCUCUAGGCAGGGAGGGUAAGAGUCUUGCAGGCUCCUCCAAGCCGGCUUAUGUCACGUCAAUUCAGUCAUAUCACAGAAGCAAUAAAGCUAUCAAACAAG